UGCUCCCCAUUAAGGAUUGGCACCUUUGGGAGGCAGGUACCCGAAUUUGACAGGUACCCGCUCCCACUUCUGUGGAAGGUGUCCUCCCUCAUACCCUGUAGUCUUUUGGGACAUGUGACAGGUCCCAGAAGACUACAGGACCAUUCAUGAAGCGCAGAGCUACUCGCGCAUGCGCAGUGGGCACCCGGCUGUGAAGCUGCAAGCUGUUACAGCCAGGUAACCACACUGAAGAUAACGGCCUCCUGGAAUACAGGACGGCUGGUGAAACGGGCUG